AUGAUUUGCAUCCGUAAACACGCUAUAAUUGAUUAACAUUAUCUGUUAUUUAUCCAAGAUAGCAACAUCUGCAUCGGAAAGAAUUAUGCAAAUCCGAAAUAUGUGUUGCCAAUAAAUUUACAGUCAAAACUUGAAUGGAGUUUUGACAAAGAACUUUGUUAAUUUGAUGGGUUUACAAUUGAGUGGAAACAUUAGAAAAAGCUAUUUAACAUGUCUGAUAUAGAUUGCAGGAGGUUAAAAUCACUUAUUGAUGGAAAAAUACUAUACAAAGAAAUAAAUUCAUAAUAUUUUCCUAUUUAAAUUGUGGGGGAAGGGACUUUUGGCAAAGUCAUCAAAGUGGUUAGUCUUAUAGACAGAAAGGAGUAUGCAUGCAAAGUUAUGAAACUAAAUCAAAAGUUUUCGAAAAACGAUAUAAUCUAUGAGUUGAUGACGAUGUAAUCAUUGAACCACGAGAAUAUCGUCAAGAUUAAGGAAGUUUAUAGUUCAAAAUCUCACUUCUUCAUUAUUAUGGAUUAUUGUAGAGGAGGAACUCUUAGAGAAUAUAUGGCAUUUAGAACAUUGAAUUAGGAUCAAAUAGUUAUCAUAAUGAAGUAAAUCUUGAAUGCUCUCAUUUAUAUGAAUUCAAAAGGAUACAUCCAUAGAGAUAUUAAACCUGACAAUAUCUUAUUGAGAGAAGAGAAUGAUGUCUCCAGCAUACAAGUGUGCGAUUUUGGCUUUGCUGCAAGGGUUGAAGAUAUCUUUAUUAAACAUCCAAAUUGUGGAACUCCUGGAUUUAUGGCCCCAGAAGUUAUCAAAUAUGACCAGACUAACCCAUAUAAUGAACAAUGUGAUGUUUUCAGUUGUGGAUCUUUGCUAUAUUCAAUAUUGACAGGAUAUAACCUUGAAGUGUAGAGUGAAGAAAGCGAAAUUUAUAAUAUAGAGGCUUAAGUAUAUGAAGAAAGACAAUUCACUUCAUGCAACAACUAAUUCAAGAAUAUUUUGCUUAAGAUGUUAGAAACUUGUCCUAAUCAAAGAAUAACUGCGAAGGACGCCCAAAUAUACUUUGAAAAUUUUGACUUAUACCUUCUAGAAGAAUAGAAUUCACUAGAUGUAACACAAAAGAUAAAGCAUAUUCCCAUCAAAAAGAAUGGCUUUAACUAGUUAUGA